UGGGUGCCGAGGAUCUGUCUGAUGGUUCCCAGGCCACGCUGAUGCUACUCUGCCAGAAGAGAGAUGGGGAAAAGAUACUUCUGUGACUACUGUGACAGGUCCUUUCAGGACAACCUUCACAACAGGAAGAAACACCUCAAUGGAGUGCAGCAUCUCAGGGCUAAGAGAGUCUGGUACGACUUAUUCCGAGAUGCUGCCGCUAUCCUGCAAGAGGAGCAAACCAAGAAACCUUGUCGGAAAUUUCUGCAAACAGGACAGUGUGAUUUUGGGUCCAACUGCAGAUUCUCCCACAUGACAGAGCAGGACCUGGAGAAGCUGAGUGCCCAGGUUCAAGGGGAGCAGAGAUCGAAGGAGCUGCGGCAGGAGGGAGCAGAUGUCCCGCCUGGCACCAUUGAGGACUGGCUGGAGAAGAGGGCAAAGAGACUGAGCGCGGCUCAGAGUAACAGUGCUCUGCCGGAGAAACCAGCGCCUUUCCAGUACCCCCCGGGCUGGCCGCCGGCGCAGGAUUUGCCCCCGUCCCUGCGCCCUGCCCCGCGGCCCCCCCGGCCUGGAGGUUGGCCAGUCCCCCCCAACCUGCAGUGGGGCUGA